AUGGAUAAAGCACUGACUGAGAGGCAAACAAAAAACACCAAGAAUCCAUUCACAGCAGAGGAAGAUAAGAAGCUUACAGAUCUUGUGAAAUUCUUUUCCAGGAAAAAAGAUAUAAAUUGGACUUACAUUUCUCAGCAAAUGCAAUCAAGAAAUGCGAGACAAUGUAAAGAUAGAUGGACAAACUACCUCGACAAUAGAGUGAACCAUAAAGAUUUCACUCCAGACGAAAAUCACUUUUUAUUGCAAAAAGUUGAUGAAUUAGGCAAAAAGUGGAAGAAAAUCGCAGCACUAAUGAAAAAUAGAACUGACGUGAUGCUUAAAUCUCAAUACAGAAAAUUAAUGAGAAGAAACGCAAAUGUUGAUAAUGUUUAUGGGUUGUGCAUGGAAGCGUACUCCACACGUAGGAAGUCUCAAAAGAGUAAAAAUAUUGUUCCAAAAAUAGAAAAUGAAACAGAUGAAAAGGCCGAGUUUGAUAUAUUCGAAUUUCACGAGAUAGAUCAAUUGGAUUUGAUACCACAGGAAUAUCCAGAAGAUUUACUUCUUAAUGACACCUAUAAUAUUUGA